ACCUCAGGAAGCACACCGCAGGUUCCGGAACACUCCAGACCCCCGCCGCCGCCGAACGGUCCCUCCGUCUCCACCACGCCACGGCCGACCAAGGCGAGGAGAGACCAAUCAGAGAGAGCACUACAAAAGGAAGGGGAGGAGCCAGAAGCUAUACCACCACCACCACCACUACUUCCCGCGGCAGCGCACGCCUCGAGGCAGAUCGUUCUCGCAGCGCCGGCAGCAGCGUCUCUCCGGCGACAGCCGUGAGGCCAUGGCCAAGGAUGGGGCAGGAGGCGGGCCCGACUGGAACGGCCUGCUCAAGUGGAGCCUCGCCCACGGCAGCGACGGCACCAACCCGCCCCGCGCGCUCAGUGAGGAGGACAGGAAAUGGUUUAUGGAGGCGAUGCAGGCAAAUACAGUCGAUGUUGUCGGCAGGAUGAAGGAGAUCGCCCAGGUGAUGAAAACCCCUGAUGAUGUGUUGCAAUCUCAUGGUGUCACUCCAGAGAACAUUGAAGAUAUGCUUGAUGAGUUACAAGAGCAUGUGGAAUCCAUUGAUAUGGCAAAUGAUCUUCAUUCUAUUGGUGGACUAGAUCCUCUGCUUGGUUACUUGAAAAAUUCAAAUGCUGGCAUCCGAGCAAAGGCAGCAGAAGUUGUCAGUACGGUUGUCCAGAAUAACCCGAAAAGCCAGCAACUUGUCAUGGAAUCUAAUGGACUGGAGCCACUAUUGACAAACUUCAGGUCUGAUCCUAGCACGACUGCACGCACAAAAGCUCUUGGAGCUAUCUCUUCUCUGAUUCGCAAUAACCAGUCCGGUCUUGCUGCAUUUCGUCUAGGAAAUGGACAUGCUGCACUGAAAGAUGCACUUGGUUCUGAUGAUGCUAGACUUCAGAGGAAAGCUCUGCAUCUCACACAGUACCUGCUGAACAACAAGGCGGAUAGGAACGUCGCCACAGAGAUUGGUCUUCCGAAUCAACUUAUACACCUCGCAUCCAGCGACGACUCUGGAGUCCGGGAGGCUGCCCUGGGCGGCCUUCUCGAGCUGGCGCGCGACAAGACACCAGCUGCCCGCAACGCUCUACCUGAUCAGGACAAGCUGAAAGACGUCCUGAAGAGCCGAAUCGAAGGCAUCAGCGCAAUGGACGCUGACGACCUCCAAGCAGCCCGUGAGGAGCGGCAACUGGUGGACUCCCUCUGGAAGGAGUGCUACGGCGAGCCGUCGUCUCUCAGGGAGAAGGGCCUGGUGGUGCUCCCGGGGGAGGACGCGCCGCAGCAGCCGCCACCGGACGUCGCCGGGAAGAUGUUCGAGCCGCCGCUCCGUGCGUGGGCCGCGCCGAGGCCUGCUCCGGCGGAGGACUCCGAUUCGGGCAGCGGGAAGAAGGAUCCGCCCCUGCUGCUAGGGCCGUGACCGUCUCGGGCUCUAGUUCUUGGUGGAACCCAGCAGAUACUGUGGGAAGCUGAAGAGCAUGCGUUAAUGGUGGAAGUCUAGUGAUUCUGCCUGUAGUAAACCUUUAUUUUCCACAAUGGUUGUACUACGCUGAUCAGCUGAGAGGUUGAUUCGAGUGUUUUUCUUUUUGCGAGUUUGACAGAUGCUUGUGUUAUUAUUAUCCUUUGCCUCUUAAGCAAUGAUCUUACUGCACGCUUGUUGGGUGCCACA